AUGGCAUCACACGGCUCAGAUUUCGACCCCCAUACCAGGGUAAAGGAGUCGACAAAGGAUAGGAGAUUAGGAACACCCAUGCAAUCAGCACGACAGAAACUAGAACGCGGAGAGAUGGAUUGUGCGAACAGGCCGGGCCGGAUGGUACCGCGCCGAGGACAAUCAACUGCGAGCAAGACACAGCAGAAACCUGGGUUACCGAAACCGGCCUUGCGCGAGCCGCUCCCGAUUUCGACGUCAAUUCCGGAACCAAAGUCCAGCGGUCUUUCAAAGUAUAGUUAUGGAUUCGGGAAGCAAACUAAAAGUCCUGCAACUGGAGCCCCAGGCCCUGAACUGAAAAAGAAGUCGUCUCGGAAUGUACUGCGGAGAAAACCUUCAUUAAUCGCACAGCAGUCUGCAGCUUCUCGGCCUACAGUAGAUAGGUCGGCUUCUCUAACUCCAGCAAAGCCAUUUCAAAUCUUGGUGGAACGCCGCCCGAGUACUGAGCAUGCCCCCAAAUCAGCUGAUGCCUACAAUGAAAUUUUUACAAGACCGUCAAGAACGAGAACUCCUGCUGCAAAGGAAGCGCCACGGAUUAUCCCCGAGUUGGACAGAUACCGUACAAAUCCGGAGCAGGAUGCUCGUGCGAGAUCGAAGACCAGUGCAGAAAUACCACACAAGUUGGCAACACAUGACCUUCCCCCACCCACCCCACUAUUAUCUAGCACUCCAGUCUACUCCGGAGCUACCAGCAAUUACAAUCGAUAUAGUGGCUAUAGCGGUAGCGGGUAUAGUGCCAGCCCUUCGACGAGAUUCUCGGAAUCUCCCGGACCAGGAGGAGCCUACAGUAGAGAUACUACUCCAACAUCGAUGUCCUCACAAUCACCAGGCAUUAUCGCGCCAUCAAAACUCAACCCUCCAAGACUGCGACAAGGGAGUCCUGCAACAAAUCGUCCUCUAUUUGUGAGGACGAGAACGGGCAGUUUUGCGAACGAGGUUGAAGAAAUCGCCUUGGAUCAACAAGGACUUCCAUAUCUGCGAGAGUCGCCUAUAUCUUCCUCUUCAAAUUCCACUGUAAAGGUUGAUGCCAAAGGGAACGAAAAGAAAGCGAAGAAGCAACGGCUGGUGCCAUUGCCUCCCACUCCACCUCCACGGAAGUCGUCCCAGAAGCUCAAACAAACAUCCUCAGAAGAACAAGGCAGUCCUUCAAAGCUGUCUCAAGCCCCAGCCAAGCCAGUAAUGGCACCCACAUCCAGAUCUUCUCCGCUAAAACUAAGAAAUGCGCCGGGGAAGUCUCCUGCAAGCAAUACACCUCCGGUGAGGCCUAGUAGGGAUGGUACUCCUGAUCUUCAGUCUCAGCUGGGCGAAUCCAUCACGGUUAUACAGAGCAAUCUUGCCAGCUUCGCGUUCCCGCAAAAUCACCGGCAAAGCGGCAUCCAGCGGAAUGCAACAACUUCACCAACACAACCUCAGUCAAUUCGUCGACCAUCUCAUGCCACGGGACUCCCUGCACGAAACCCGUCCCCAAGCCCAGUACAGCCAUCAUCUCGUGAACUGACACCUGGUCCAUCCGACCUUGGCAUAGUUCCUGAUUUACGACCGCGAGAGGGAUCUAUCGUUUCCCGGUCCAUUGCUACGCGGACUCCUAGCCCAAGUAUAUCAACCUCAAAGUCCCGGUUUGGUUUAUUUGGAAGACGGACGAAGACCGCACCUGAGGUCCCUACUCUAAAACCCCAAGAAAAGGGGUCCAGAAAGGGCCCUGUUGCUGGCACUGGGCAUGAGGGGUACGGAAGAUAUGGUCUUCGCGGAAGAAGCACAAGUGCUGGGUCAUUAGGUGUGAGCCGCGAUAGAAGCCAGAGUCGAGCCAGCUCCUCGCGAGAUAGCGUUGGGAGUGCGCAUGCCGAAGACCCAUUUCUUCAGCAACGAAUGAGCCCCGUUAUUAUCGCUGGAGGCGGCGAGAUUAUUGAGAACCGCAAUACGAGCUCGGAGCUCAGCCGCACAGAAAGCAAUACCAGCGUGCUACUGGGCCGGCCGAGUAUUGAGUCGAGGACAUCGUCCAAGUCCAGCUUGGGACACGAGGCAUCUCGCAACACGCUCUGGCCAUCCGCCCUCCCCAAAGAACCGCCGAAACGAACUUCGAAACUUGCUAUACCGAAAGGCCGGCGUCCUUCAGACAGCAGUGACGAUGUGAUUAGCAAUACCUCAUCACUCGCCUUCCGUCGAUCUGUUUUGCGGCUCAAUAACUCGACAAGCACAUUGAAUUUCCCUCGACCGCUAAAUCUCCCGACUCGGGGCACCUCGCCGGCCAUGAGCAGCAUUGAUGCUAGUAUAAUGUCUGAUGAUUCGCAACUGGAUAUGAAGGCUCAAGUGGGCAGAGGUCGCAAGGCGCCAGCCACGAAACCCAAGAAGUUAGAGAAACGCGCAAAAUCUCCCAGGAAGUGGAACUUUUUCCAUCGGUCACAACCGUCGACAAAGCCAAAGGCUGAAACUUCAGUUCAAGUAUCAGUCAAACCCGCCACAGCAAAGGCUAUCCCGCACUAUGCAAUGCUAGAUUCGUCGGAUGAGCAGCAAGAACCCGAUAUUGUAGCCCUCGAAGAUAUUCUCCGCGAUGCCGCCGGGGUUGAACUGUCGAGCGAAGAACUGGAAGCGUUGCAAUUUAGCAACUAUAAAGAGAACCUACGGCGCAUCGAGAAUCUCCAUUCCAUGAUGGAUACCCCUCUGCCAGAACCACCUGCUGCACCGGUCAUAUGUGCAUCGCCCGAGACCAUCCAAGUAAUUCCGGAGCCGUCAAAACCGGAAUUUCACUUAAACAAGGAACCGUCCCCAGUGCGCCCAAGCCGGCUUCCCCAAGUCGGCCGGAUACCGAAGGUUAUUUCUGCCAGGCCCCAGGCAACGUCACCAAAGUCGUUCUCCAGGCCCUUUGCCAGACUCAGUCUUGUUCAGUCACCUUUACAACCCGCCGCCGUCGAUAAGGACUCGGUCGCAGUAGGACCUAGCCCGCCAAAGUCGUCGACCCCAGUGCCCCCUUGUGAAGCACCCCUGCUUAAUCCUGUUGUCCAAGGUGAAAACUCGCGACAAGGCUCCGGUGAUUCAAAAGCGAGCGGGAGCGGCACUAGCCAUCACGACUUCCUUACCUUCUCUCCACGAAAGAACUCGGAGGCCACAAGCAAUAGCUCAGGUGGAAUGAGCUUUGCGGGGACUACGGCAGUCGUCCCCGAAGCUGGGUCAGCAUUAGAAGAGGAUGAAGUAUGGGAUGAAUAUGAUGAUUUGAUCGAGGAUGACGAUAUGAAGGUUCCGGUCUCGGCAACGUCCUCACAUGGAGUUCCCUUCCAGUAUGAGAGCUACGAGAGUCGUAGAGCGAGGAAGAGUAGGAUGAAGGCAAAAGAAUCACCAACCCUUAACUCUACACCUGUCAUCAAAGAACCUGCGAGAGUAGAAGAGCCAUCUCGGCGCUCGGAAUUUACGACAUCCAGUGUGUACAGUGCUGAUAUGAGCACGAGGCUGAGAGAGGCAGUGGAUACUGCUCCAACGCCAACAACUCCAAUGUCAUUUGGCGAUUUUAUCUCUGGAUACGGAGACCGCAAUAAUUCAGUUUAUAGUGAUUUGGCCGAAAAGUCAUCCCGUUGCUCACAAGCAAGCUCCACCAAAUCCGCUUCCGCAAGCAGUCAUACUCAUUCAAUCUCUGAACCGGGCACCCUUUCUCCAAUUUCUCAAGUGAAUCUCCGGGUAGGCUCCAUGACAGUCAGUAAAUGGCUUACGUUCGGGCACGUCCUCUUCAGUCCCGCUCGGGAGGAAAUCACGCAGCUUGAAGGAUCAUCUAAGCCUCGUUCCAUCUUGGUCAUUGAUGGACUUGGCAAUGAUGACUGGUCGUUCUAUGCCGCUGAAACCUACCCGACAUCCACGUUCUACAACCUGUCGCCAACUCGUCCUCUCUCUGCCUCCCAGCGGAACUCUAACAGCAACUCCUUCCCACUCACACCUCGGAACCAUCGUCAAGUCCAAUAUACGUCAUCGCUACAUAAAUUUCCUUUCCCAUCGUCGACUUUUCACGUCGUCGUACUUCGCUUUCCUGCCGCAAUGUCCGAAGCCUCGUAUCGGAACAUCAUCGCAGAAUCCAAGCGUGUGCUGAAACCAGCAGGAUAUCUGGAGAUGGCAAUCCUUGACCUUGACUUGAUGAACAUGGGCAACCGCUCCCGAAGAGCCAUUCGUGGCUUGAAGGUCAAGACGCAAGUUGCAGAUCCAAGCAUCAGUCUCGGGAGCGCAAGUGACACGGUCUUGAAACUCGUCGGCAAACGAGGCUUCUGUGACAUCAAGACCUGCAACGUGGGCGUGCCUGUAGCAUCCACGAUCCCGUCGCGAGGCCAGAGGAAAGAGAAGAAAGAAGAGAUGAGCCUGGCUGAUAUGAUGAGGGACGAGUCACAAGUUGGUGACGACGGUAUCACUAAGAUGGUUGCCAAAGUAGGAAGGUGGUGGUAUACACGCUGCUACGAGAUGGCGGUUUUACCCGAAGGCGAUAUCUCCGCCUCUAUCUUCAAUGAUGCGCAUCUACUAUCUGAGUGCGAGAAAUGGAACUCGAGUUUUAAACUUGUGGUUGCCUAUGCGCAGAAGCCCGUUGUGGGCAGAAGGAGGACCGCCAGUGUUUAG